AUGGCAUCUUCAUCUGAUUCCUCUGCCUCUGCAUCCGCAUCCGCAUCAGCGUCUGCAUCAGCGUCUGCCCCGAUACCUCCUACGACCUCUGGCGAGCCCUCAUCCCCCCUCUCGUCGGGUCCUGCUCCACCUGCACCCUCUUCCUCUACGCCAACAGCCGAGAAUGGCGCCGCGGACGACCCCCCAGCCUCCAAGAACCACGCCUCCAAAGAGGCCACGCCGGAGACCAAGAUACCUGUGCGAACCGAGGAAUCAUUCAAGGCCUAUCAGCUGGAGCGCAUUAUUGCUCGGGACAAAAUCGCCACUGCCGCCCUGAAGGAGAAACAAGCACGCCUCGAGGACAAUACGAAACGAUGGAAACAAGAAAUCGACGAGUACAAGCUCAUCCAGACCCAGCCCGCUUCGCUAUCGUUUCCCCCCUCCAGGUUAUACGGUGAAGGCUACAAAGGAUUCGGCAACGGGCACACAGAGAAUCGCGGCCCACCACGUUUGAUCUACCCCAAAGACAAGCCUCGCGCUGGCAAGCGAACCACGCCAGCCUUGCCGAAGCCCAGCCGGAAGGACCUGAAGGAACAGGCUGAUCAGUAUGAAGAAUUAGUACCGGUGCGGCUCGACGUCGACUGGGACAAGCUUAAGCUACGCGACACGCUGACAUGGAACCUUCACGACCGCCUGGUACCGGUCGACCUUUUUUCCGCACAACUCGUCGAAGACAUGGGCCUAAAGGCGCCGCAUGACCGGCCUGUCUAUGAGCAGAUCCAACACCAAAUCCGCGAACAGCUGCUCGACUUCUACCCCAUGGUCUUUUCUCAAGAGGAUGCGCUCGACCCCGAACUGCCCUACUCGGCAUACAAGAACGACGAAAUGAGGAUACUGAUAAAGCUCAACAUCACGAUUGGCGCAGUCACACUGAUUGACCAGUUCGAAUGGGAGAUGAACGAGCCAGAUAACUCCCCCGAGGAGUUCGCUCGGAUCAUGGCUAAGGACCUGUCACUAUCAGGAGAGUUCACUACGGCAAUAGCGCACUGUAUCCGCGAGCAGACGCAGCUGUUCACAAGAACUUUGUAUGGCAUUGGACAUCCUUUUGAUGGCAGGCCAAUUGAAGAGCCGGAUCUUGCUGCCUCCUUCUUACCUUCGCCUUUGCCCACAGUCUUCCGGCCUCAACAGCAAGCCAAGGACUAUGCUCCCUAUCUUUACGAGCUGGGUGAUGCUGACCUGGAGAGGAACGAGGUCAUAUUCGCGAGGGAGCAGCGUAAGCAGAAGAGAUCGGUGAACAGGCGUGGCGGUCCACAGCUGCCCGACCUGAAGGAGCGACAGAGGACGAUACGAACGAUGGUCGUAUCCUCGACCAUCCCCGGAGCUGCUGACUCAAUCGAGAAGACGGGGCUGUUCAAGAGGGUGGCAGGUACUACCACUGGGAGAGGCAGGGGACGUGGCCAACAUGACGGCACAUUCUCGGAUUCGGACGAGAGUGAAGAAUCAGCACCAGACUCCCCGGCUAUGUCACAGCUCGCAGGCACCGCGCGAACCCGAGGCAUGCGCGGUGCAGCCACUGUUGCGCAACAGAAGAUGGCGCACCUGGGCCGUUCCGAGACGCCCGAGGUCAUCACAUCCCAUCAUCACGAAACCAGGACGUCAAGGCGCUUUGGUCGUGCCUUGGACGAAACACCUGACGAGCCUCGUAACCACUGGGUAGCAAUCAAGGUGCCACGAACAUUCGAGAGAGCGAGAAAGAUGCUUUUGGAUAUGAAAAUGGGGAGGCCCAUCACGCGCCCUGAUGCUUCUCACACUCCCCGCCAACCCCGAGCUCCUAGCGCAUCGCUCCCGCCAGGCAGUAUGGGCCCACCGUCGACUCCUUCCGCACCACCUAAACCACCUCUUCUCAAGAACGCAAGCAGCAUGUCGCAGCCUGGCUCUGCACCUGUGCCUCAAGUCGGUCGCGUACCCGCCCCUCCGCCCCCUGGGGAAGGCCAACCCCCCCUCGAAUUACCUCCACCACCAGAAUGGCUAGAAAAGUCACUCAAUGAUCUGCGCAAAUCCUGGCCCCAUGACAACUUCGAGGCCACAAUGCGGCAUUGCGCCGUACACGCCGACACGGAGACCACCAUCAUCCCGGCGCCACAGAUCCCGCGAGGCCAGCCCCUUCCUGAAAAUGUGAAGUACAUGUUCCUCCCCAGGAUCAGGUGUCCGGACUGCCCCGGCAAGCUCUACACGCCUGGCCCAGACACGACGGCGGCCAAUUUCGAGGUGCACCUGCGUAACAAGCAGCACCGCGACAAGGUGAACAAGCGUGUGGGCUUCGAGACUGACCCGGCCAAGGCGGGCUCCUCUGCGGGCGCCCCGUCCUAG